AUGGCUCAAAAUAUUAGAUUUUGGCCUUCCCGUCCUAACAGAAGAAAAUCCCCGUUAAGACGGAAAGAAAACUCUUUGAACCUCUCCAUUUCCAUUUACGCUCCUCUGAGCUUGGAGGCUGUCAAUGAAGAAAGUGCUGCUACUAUCCCUUAUGGAGUGAAACCCUUCAUUGUUUGUGUACCAAGUAAGGAACAGGCCCGAAAAGAGAGAGAAGAGCUGGAUAAGAUGCUAGAAGAGAAUAGGAGGAGAGUGGAAGAGGCUCAAAGAAGGGAGGCUUUAGAGCUGCAGCGGAAAGAGGAGGAACGGUACCGUGAGUUGGAGCUCAUUCAAAGACAAAAAGAGGAGACUGCUUGGAGAAAAAAGCUAGAAGAGGAAGAAGCAAACCAAAUGAAAUUGUUGGGUAAGAGUAAACCCAAGCCGAAGCUUUCUGGUAUUGGUUUACAAUGA